AAUCCCAUGCGAGAAUCAAAACAGGAUUGAAUAAGUGACAUCUGGGAUGCGGAUGGAUAAAUGACAAAAGGCAGUGUGGGGGAGGGGGAAGUUACAUCGGACUUCCCAAGAUUAUGGAGGAUAAAGCUCCGAUAACGUCUUCAUCGUCAUCGCCUGUCUAUAAAGUAGAAGGGGUCGGGAGCUGGCGAGUGACAAGAUGAAUACCUAGGAACCUCGAAAGCUGUCCUUGUCUCUAUCGACCUCGACGACCCUAACUCACAUCUCACCUAUCCCGCAGCUAACAGACGAAUCACAAUGGCCAUCUCAACCGAUGUUCCCCAGACCGUGGAGUGGAACGGGAAGAAGGUCCCGGUCUACCCCAUGGAGAUCAUCGACUUCUCGAAGCUGCUCUCCCAAGAGCCGGCCGAGAUCGAGAGGCUAGUUAGCUGCUGCCAGGAAACGGGAUACUUCUACCUGGACCUGCGAGGCAUUGACGGCCGCAGGAUGCUCGAGGACCAGCAAGACACGCUGAAGCUCAUGUACCGCUUCUUCGAUGCUCCUCUUGAGGCCAAGAACGAGUUCGGUCUUGUCGCACCGCAUCUCGGAUACGAGCCCGUUGGCUCGCGUACCGGUGUCCUCGAGAACACCAAGGACGGCUACGAGAUGAUCAAGGUCUCCCGCGACGAGAUCCAGAAGGACAGCCCACACCUACCAGCCGUCAUCAAGAACAGCCCCGACAUGAAGGUCCUCGAGCACGCCAUCGCCGGCGCCAACAUCGCCACCAAGACGAUCCUAUCAGCUCUUUCCACCGGCCUCGGCCUCACCGGCGCCUCGCGCUUCGAGAACACGCACCGCAACGACCGACCCUCGACCAGCACGAUCGCCAUGAUGCACUACAUCCCCUCCGACCCCACGGCCAAGAACAUCGGCCACCAGAAGCACACCGACAUCAGCUCGCUAACCUUCCUGUUCGCCGAGCAGUGGGGUCUGCAGGUACGCCCCCCCGGAGCCAAGGAGUUCGGCUUCGUCGAGCCCAAGGCCGGCAUGGCCGUCAUCAACGUGGGCGACUCUCUGCGCUUCGCCAGCGGCCACACCAUGCAAUCCUGCAUCCACCGCGUCGUGCCCCUCGACCCCACCGAGCACCGCUACUCCAUCGCCUACUUCCUGCGCGCCGAGAACGACGUCGUGUUCACCGACAGCGAGGGCCGCCUCAUCACCGCCGGCCAGUGGCACGACGAGAAGUUCUUCGCCUUCACCAGCCCCCCCGAGAUCCAGGCCCUAGCCCCUAGCUCCAUGAUCCUCGGCGGCAUGCCCGAGGAGGACGAGCCCGUCGAGGCCGCCGCGUCCAAGGAUGCCCCUAGCCCGGUUGUCGGCGCCGCUACGCUCGGCGAGUCCGUCCAGGUGUACUAGGUUGCUUAAAUCAAGUGGCUUGUCGCCUCUCGAGCCGAAGGCUUCUAAAGA